AUGCUCGCCAAGACAGGACUCCAAUUCACGUUUGUCAACCAGGACAUUGGCAGCAAGGCGCAUAUGCCGGCGGCGCAGCGCGACAGCUGCGUCGACGAGUGGAACGCGCACAUCCGCCGGGCAGUGAUCGCCAAAGCGCCCCGUGCUGUGGUGAACCAGAUGGUGUGUGUGGCAGCGGGAGAGUUCACCAAGCGGCAGCACCUCUAUGUCACCGAGACGCCCAGCACGGAGCACACAUGCCUGGCCUCAGGCGUGGUCACAAUGGAGGGACUCGCCAAGGGGCAGAGAAGCAGCACCGGCACCGCCGGCCGCGCGGGCUACUGCAACGAGCAGGACGCGGCAGCAGCCGGCCGCCGCCUGGUAGAGUCAACAUCAGCAAAAAGCCAGCUGGAAAACGUCGCUGUGCGCGCCCGCCAGGACAGCUGGAAAGUGACGGUGACGUUCUCCAGCCCGCAGGGGGCGAAGGCGUUCCUGGCUGAGGCGGCCUACAGCAACGUGAGGCUGCAUGUGCAGGGCCCCGGCGGCACCUCCCUCCAGGGGCUGCCUGAGCUGCGCGGCCGCGCGCCGCCUGCGCCCAAGGCAGCAGAGGCACUACGCGCGCUCUCGCUACGCGUCGAUUUCAAGGGCUCGUUUGAGGCGGCGCCGCCGCCGGCGAUGGCAGCGACCAUUGUGCGCGCCGCCCUCGACCAGAUCAUCCCGUCGGAGAAACAGCUAGCCGAGGAGGGCCUGACAGAGGCUUUGAUCGCGCGGAUCGACGAGUUCAUGGGGAAGCCUGGGGUGCAGGAGCUCGAGAUCGCGUCGUUCCGCUCUGGCGUGAUCUACUGCGUCGACCCCACUUCCGCCGCCAACCUCAGCAGCAGCAGCGCGGUGCGAUGGACAGUGGACGGCGCUAACGGCGUUCCUAUCUGGCUCACGAUCUCGCCGCGGGGCGCUGACAGAGGGCCGGAGCUGCCGGCCAAACUCAGCAGCGGCGGCCUGGUGCUGGGCCCGCUGCCCUCCAUGCAGCCAGAGGCGGUGGCCGCCGCCAUCGGCGCGCUCCCGGCAGUGCUUGAGCGCGGCGCGGCCGCCGCCGCCGACGACCUCAAGUGCACGGUGCCCGCGGUCGAGCUGCUCCUGUACCGCUUCAAGCUCCCGUACGACGCCGUAGCACCCAGCAACAUCCCAGCGGCGGAGACCCUGCAGUUCAUGGGCGACGCCGCCACGGGCGCCUGCCUCGCCGACUUCGUGCACGAGGUGCUUGAGGCGGCCGCGCGGCGCUCAGGGGGCGCGCGCGUCCUCAUCGCGCCCUGGGGGAGGCAGGCCGGCGCGCUGCUGCUGCUCGGCAUGGGGCAGGCAUGCUACCAACUCUCCGGUGGCGGCCCAAUACAGCUUGCCACGGCGGCAGGCAGCUCCUGCGGCCGAGGACCCAGCCUCGGCGGCAAGGCGAUGGUGUCAACUGCAGGUGCAGACAGGGCUGGCCCCGACGCACUGCAGCAGAUGCAGGAGCAGCGGCGCAUCAGCCUCGCCAGCGCGUGCAGCUACAACGCGGGCGUUCCCAUCUCUCUGAUGCUGCUGGUGCAGGAGGCAGCUCACGUCAGCGAUGCUGAAAAGUCAAAGCGCUGGGCGCUUGUGGCCAAGGCAGUCGCAGACGAGGUGGAGGCCAACCCGUCGCGGAUGCUGCAGCUGCUGAAAGAGGCCGAAGCCGCGCUCUCCACCGCGGCCGCCGCCGCCCCGCCCGCCGCCGCCGCGCCCGCGGGCGCCGCCGCCCCCGCCGCCGCAGCGGCAGCCCCGCUGCGGCUGCCCGCCCCCGGCAGGGCCUCGGCAAAGGCUGGGAAGCGCCUGUUCCUGGCGGCAGAGGCGCUGCUCAGGGCCAAGCUCAGCGGCGCGAUCGAGCAGCCAUCGCCCGUGGCUGUGGCAGCGGUGCACCUGCCCAGCCUCGCUGACUUGGGCGUCGGUGCCGACAGCGACGUGGAGUGGGACGAGGACGAUGGCGAGGCGGAGCCGCCCAUAGGCCCCGCGCUGAGGCCCGUCCGCGGGCCCGCGCUACACCAGGAACUGCCGCCAGCGGCGCGCACCGGGCCGGCAGGGCAGCCGCCGAGGGCGGCGCCGCCGCCGCAGCAGCAGCAGCAGCAGCCGCAGCAGCAAGGGGCCCGGGGCCGCGGCGGCGCUGGCGACGGCGGCCGCAGCGGUGCGCACAUGGGUCGCGGCCGAGGCCUGCACCCCACGGCGCUAGAGCGCACCUUCCAGGCAGCAGCGCCUGGAGCUGCAGCGGCAGCAAAGAAGGCGGUGGCGGCUGCCAAGCAGCUGGCCGCCCGCGGCAUGCAGCUCGCUGGCCAGCAGCUGGCCGGCGGCGCCGGGGCCGCCGGUGACCCCGAGGAGGGAGAGGCUUGA